AUGCCGAAAUCCAUCGAAUCGAUCGACGUGCUGAAGAUGCUGUAUGUCACGCGUUUGAGCAUGAUUGCGGUACGAUGGUGCGAUGCUCUAUUCUGGACCGGGCUACUAGACGUGGCAAAACUAGUCAUUAUACCUGCUACGUGUACCUUGUUACCUGAAGACGAGGAGGGAAUCUUCGGAUUCAUGGAGGAGGACAUCAGAAAUGAGGAAGCUCGUAUCCGAGGACAAAAGUGUUACAUCUGCAAGGAACGGUAUGCAAACGUUUGGUGUUGCGCGAAGAAGUGCUUCCGUUCAUUCCAUACGCUUUGUGGGAUGCAGAAUGAGUGCCUGUCGCAUUACGUGGAAACGUUCCAGUCGUGGUGCGAUAAGCACGUAGCGCUGGUGGAUAAGGUGAAACACUCCGAGACCGAAGCCUGUGGGAUUUGCUACGAUGAUAUGGGACCGUACAGGAAGCUGGAAUCGAUUCGUGACCCGUGCUGUCAGAAUGGCUGGUUCCAUCGGAGCUACGUGGCACAGUUUGCCCAAUCGGCGAGGUACUUUUUCAAUUGCCCUUUGUGCAACAAGGACGACUUUAGUCUGCAGAUCCAUCAGCGUGGCAUUUAUAUUCCGGAAAAUUAA